UGAGUGGAGGGCGUAGAUUCGUGUGCAGUUUCAGGUACACGGUGCAGAGCGUUAGGCGAUCGAAAAAAGAAGAGUUUAUUGGUCAAAUUGAAAGUGUGCUGAGCACGACGGACGACGGAGAUGGCUCAGGAGAAGAUUACCCUGGCCGAUGCGCUUUCCAACGUGGAAGUGCUGGACGAGCUGCCUCUGCCGGACGAGCAGCCCUGUAUCGAAGCGCAGCCUUGCUCGGUGGUCUACCAGGCUAAUUUCGAUACCAACUUCGAAGACCGGAAUGGGUUCGUGACGGGAAUUGCCAAGUACAUUGAGGAAGCGACAACCCAUGCGAAUUUGAAUCAAUUGCUGGACGAAGGUCAGAAGCAUGCGGUUAUGCUGUACACCUGGCGGUGUUGCUCCCGAGCGAUUCCGCAGCCCAAGUCCAACGAGCAACCGAACCGCGUGGAAAUCUACGAGAAAACCGUCGAAGUUCUAGCACCGGAGGUGAACAAGCUGCUGAACUUCAUGUACUUCCAGCGCAAAGCAAUCGAAGCGUUUUCCGGCGAGGUCAAGCGAUUGUGCCACGCCGAAAAGCGCAAGGAUUUUGUCUCCGAGGCGUACCUUCUGACGUUGGGCAAAUUCAUCAACAUGUUUGCCGUGCUGGACGAGCUGAAGAACAUGAAAUCGAGCGUCAAGAACGACUACAGCACCUACAGGCGAGCGGCUCAAUUUCUGAAGGUGAUGAGCGAUUCCCACACCCUACAGGAGUCGCAGAAUUUGUCCAUGUUUCUGGCGACGCAGAACAAGAUCCGAGACACGGUUAAGGACACGCUGGAGAAGAUCACCGGCUAUGAAGACUUGCUCUCCGAUGUGGUCAACAUCUGUGUGCACAUGUACGAGUCGAAGAUGUACAUGACGCCGGAGGAGAAGCACAUGCUCGUCAAAGUGAUGGGCUUUGGGUUGUUCUUGAUGGAUUCGGAAAUUUGCAACAUCAACAAGCUGGAUCAGAAGAAAAAGCUCCGGCUGGAUCGGAUUGAUAGGAUUUUCAAGAACCUGGAGGUGGUGCCCCUGUUCGGCGAUAUGCAAAUUGCACCGUUCAACUACAUCAAGCGGAGCAAGCACUUCGAUCCGAGCAAGUGGCCACUGUCCAGCUCGCAGGCUAUCAGUCCGCAGGCAGACUUGAUGGUGCAUUUGCCCACGAUCCGGGAGGACCACGUGAAGUACAUAUCGGAGCUGUCGCGCUACAGCAACGAGGUGACGACGACCUACAAGGACAACGCAACCGACGCGGAAAACAAAGCCACCGCAGACCUUGCCCUGCGAGGUCUACAGCUGCUCUCCGAGUGGACAUCGGUCGUUACCGAGCUGUACUCGUGGAAGCUAUUGCAUCCAACCGAUCAUCACCAGAACAAGGAAUGCCCGGUGGAGGCCGAGGAGUACGAACGGGCCACCCGGUACAAUUACACCGACGACGAAAAGUUCGCCCUGAUCGAGGUGAUUGCCAUGAUCAAGGGCCUACAGGUGUUGAUGGCCCGGAUUGAGACCGUUCUGUGUGAAGCGAUUCGUCGCAGCAUCUACUCCGAGCUGCAGGACUUUGUCCAGUUGAUGUUACGCGAGCCGCUGCGGAAGGCGGUUAAGAACAAGAAGGACCUAAUCCGGUCGAUCGUCAUGUCUGUUCGGGAGACGUGUGCCGAUUGGCAGAAGGGAACCGAACCGGCUCACGAUCCGGCCCUGAAAGGCAAGAAGGAUCCGGACGGGGGCUUCCAGAUCAGUGUUCCCCGCUUGAACGUGGGACCGUCGUCCACUCAGCUGUACAUGGUGCGGACCAUGCUGGAGUCUUUGAUUGCCGACAAGUCGGGUGGGAAGAGAACGCUGCGGAAGGACAUCGACGGAGCUUGCCUGGUACAGAUUGAUGCUUUCCACAAGCUAUCGUUCUACUGGACGUUUCUGUUGAGCUUCAGCGAGACUCUGCAAAAAUGCUGCGAUCUUUCGCAGCUGUGGUACCGCGAGUUCUAUCUCGAAAUGACCAUGGGACGGAAAGUUAAUAAAUGUCUCGUUCGGCAUCAGCACAACGAGGAAUGCAACGACCUGAUCACGAUGGAAAAGCGUAUUCAGUUCCCGAUCGAGAUGUCGAUGCCGUGGAUCCUCACCGAUCACAUCCUCCGGACGAAGGAGCCCUCCAUGAUGGAGUACGUGCUCUAUCCGCUCGAUUUGUACAACGAUUCCGCUCUGUACGCUUUGACCAUCUUCCGGAAGCAGUUCCUGUACGACGAAGUAGAAGCCGAAGUCAACCUGUGCUUCGAUCAGUUCGUCUACAAGCUGAGCGAGCAGGUGUUCGCCCACUACAAACAGCUGGCCGGCAGUAUCUAUCUGGACAAGCGCUUCCGCGUCGAGUGCGAAGUGCUGGGAUUCAACUUCCAAUCGCACCCGAAGAACAAUCGGUACGAAACGCUUCUGAAGCAACGGCACGUCCAGCUGCUGGGCCGUUCGAUCGAUCUGAACAAACUCAUCACCCAGCGUAUCAAUGCGGACAUGCAGAAGAGCUUGGAGCUUGCGAUCUGCCGGUUCGAAGCGAGUGACAUCACCGGAGUCGUCGAGAUGGAAGCCCUGCUAGCGGUCAACAAGCUCUGCCACAAAUUGCUGUCGCGAUUCCUGGCCCUGGACGACUUUGACGCCAUGUUGAAGGAAGCCAACCACAACGUUCUUGCCCCGUACGGAAGAAUCACUUUGCACGUCUUCGUCGAACUGAACUACGACUUCCUCUCGAACUACUGCUACAACGCCGCUUCGAACCGAUUCGUUCGCAAUAAGCUGCAGAUUCCCUUCUCGGGAGCGAUCACACGCGAGAAGGCACCGGUUAUGUCCCACUACUAUCUGUGGGGCUCAAAGCCUCUGAACGCGGCCUUCUCCACCCAGUAUGGCCAGUACACGGGAUUCGUUGGAUCUUCCCAUUUCCACGCCAUGUGCCGUCUGUUGGGCUACCAAGGGAUCGCAGUCGUGAUGGAAAUCAUUCUAAAAGACAUCGUAAAACCGCUCAUCCAAGGCAAUCUGCUCCAGUUUACCAAAACUCUCAUGUCCGCUAUGCCAAAGUCGUGUAAACUGCCCCGCUGCGACUACGGAUCACCGGGUGUGCUGAGCUACUAUCAGGCCCAUCUGGUCGAUAUCGUCCAGUAUCCGGAUGCGAAGACGGAACUGUUCCAGCUGUUCCGGGAGCUCGGCAAUUCGCUACUGUUCUGUCUGCUGAUCGAGCAGGCUCUGUCGCAGGAGGAAGUGUGCGAUCUGCUGCAUGCGGCACCAUUCCAGAACAUCUUGCCCAGACCGUACUGCAAGGAGGGCGAAAAGCCGGAAACCAAGCAGAAGCGACUGGAAUCCAAAUACGGAUCGCUGCAGAUUGUGCCGAAUAUUGAGAAGCUCGGAACGGCUAAGCAAGCAAUGAUCGCCCGCGAGGGGGACCUGCUGACCCGUGAGCGGCUCUGCUGCGGCCUGAGUAUCUUCGAAGUCAUUCUCGGUCGCGUCAAAUCAUUCCUGGACGAUCCGGUGUGGGCUGGUCCGCCACCGGUCAACGGGGUCAUGCACAUCGACGAGUGCUCCGAGUUCCAUCGGCUGUGGUCGGCGCUCCAGUUUGUCUACUGCAUUCCAGUUGCCGGAACCGAGUACACCGUGGAAGAACUGUUCGGCGAGGGGCUCCACUGGGCCGGUUGUGCAAUCAUCGUUCUCCUGAAUCAGCAGAGAAAGUUCGAAGCGCUCGACUUUUGCUACCACAUCCUGCGCGUUCAGCGCGUCGAUGGAAAGGAUGAUACCGUGAAGGGAAUCAACCUAAAACGCAUGGUCGAUCGGAUCCGGCGCUUCCAGGUGCUAAAUUCGCAAAUCUUUGCGAUACUGAAUAAAUAUAUGAAGAGCAACGAUCUGGAGGGUUCGAAUGUGGAGCACGUGCGAUGCUUCCCGCCGCCGCCGCAUCCGACGGUCGUGCCGUCGCACUAUCACGAUCCGAACAAGCUGCGGGCGCAGUAAAUUUGGUAGUUUCUUUUCAACAAGUAAAAGACAUGGCACUGGUUGUAGUUGGUAACUAUCCCAGUACGGUACAUCCUUCUGCUUUCUUCUUCUUCUUCUUCUAAGUAGCCGCGAGCAUUUCCUCUCGAUUUUAGUCACUAUAAGCUCCUAUCAUGAUGGUCACACUAUUAUCGACAUACCCAUAUGAGAGUAGGUAAAAUGCGGAAAGUUUCGGCAUUUCGUUUCGACGGAAAUUUUUUGCGUUUAUUAUGUUUUAGUUUUAUUUUAUACAAAUAUUUAUUUUCAUAUUGCAGUUCUCCAUUAGUGUAUUCAUCAAUCGAUUGCGUAUUAGUCGAGUAUGUAGAUGUAUCGUUCGAAUACAGUUUUGCUUUAAUGCUAUUGCAAAAAAUAUUA